CAGCUAAAGGAUCCACCAAUGAGUGGCAGCCCCAAGGUCGAACUGUGACGAUAUGGCGAAUUUAGAGUAUAGCACCUCUUCCAUUGAGAGGGAACUUUGACAAGUAAUCAAAGAAGAACCAAGAGAACCCACCAGGUCCCUCCAUCCUUUGUGUUCGCAGCAUACAAUCGGUUCCUUUAUUCUUCGUGCGACCACUAAUUACCACGUCCGCAAGCAAGGCCAAAUCGACCAAGUCCAUCCUUCUACUUACCACCCAUACUGGCGGUACAGACUUGGAUCUACCUUUGCCAAUCAACGAAGCCGAAUAACAGACUCAACAAUGUCGGAUCAGAAACACGCUCCUACCUCGCGGGCAAAACCCCCACCAGCCGGUGAAGAAGAAGCAGGCGCUGUUCUCAAACUGGGCGAGUUCCAGGACGUCGACACGCUGACACUGUCGGAAGCGUCACUCGUCAUCAACGCCCUCAUGGCCAAACGAAAAAAGGAUCGCAAGGACCGGAACGAGACGGACGCGCUCAACCAGACACUCGACUACCUCGAUGCAUUUGCUCGGUUCAAGGCGAAGGAGAAUGUGGAGGCUGUCGAGCGGCUGCUGAGCACGCACAAGGAAUUGAGCAAAUUCGAAAGGGCCCAGAUUGGAUCCCUUUGCUGCGAUACCGCCGAUGAGUGCAAGACCUUGAUUCCUUCCUUGGCGGACAAGAUCAGCGACGAGGACUUGGGAGAGCUGCUGGAUGAAUUGGAGAAGCUUCUGUGAUCAACAUCCCCAAGUCAAAUUCCUCGAUACCGAGUCGAGUCGGGAAGCGUCGCAUGAUGGACGUGCGUGGUCAUCAACAAACGUCUUGCAAGGGGGUAUGACAAAAAUGCAUUGUACAACGGCGUCAGGAGGGCAGGUUAAUUAGGCGUUUUGUUUUUCUCGGCGUUAUACAAAGAGGGGAUGACCAGGUCGGCUGGGACAGCAGGACAGCAGGCAAUGGUACCGAAAAUGAAGGUUGUAUUAUCCCAUUUUAUGGCCCAAGGUUCUAAUUGACAGUGUGAUUUUCGUCCAAGUCUAUCGACUGAGCGAUUCCUCGACCCCUUCUCGGGUUGGUAGUUAAUCAUUGAGAUCGUGGGGGCA